GGAAAAAAAAGAGAGAAGAAGGGCUCCAAAAUGGGAGGCAAACUGAGCAAGAAGAAGAAGGGCUAUAAUGUGAAUGAUGAAAAGGCCAAAGAAAAGGACAAGAAGGCUGAGGGGGCAACUGCUGAGGAAGGGGAGGCUCUGAAAGAGGGCGAGCAACAAGUGGCAACGGAGGCUGCGGAAGUGAAGGAGAACAGCAAAGAAGAGAAGGGUGGCGAGCAGGAAGCCCAGGUGUCUGCUAACAAGGCAGAAGAAAAAGAAGGGGAGAAAGAAAAAGCAGUGAGCCCAGAAGAACCUAAGAAACCUGAACCGGAGAAGGCGGAGACUGUGGUCGAUGCCAAGGUGGAGCCUCCGAAGAACAACGAGCAGCAGACAGCCAAGCCAGAGGAGCCCACUUCGGCCUCUGCUCCUCCUCUGGCCUCCGGCGAUGUGCCAAAACAGCCCUCGGAGCCCAGUGGCGAUGCCAAAGCUUCCCAGCUUUCAGAAGCCACAGCACCUAGUAAAGGAGAUGACAAGGGCAAAGAGGAAGGGGACGCCAAAAAGACUGAGGCUCCUGCAGUCCCUGCGCCCCAGGAAACUAAAAGUGAAGCGGCCCCAGCUUCAGACUCAAAACCUAGCAGCAGCAGCGAGGCGACCCCAUCUUCCAAGGAGACCCCGGCCACAACAGAAGCACCUAGUUCUACUCAGAAGGCCUCAGAACCCGCAGCCCCACCAGAGGAAGCAAAAGCAUCUGACGCUCCAGCAACUAAUUCCGAUCAAACCAUAGCAGUGAAGGAUUAAAUUGGACAGCCUGUUGGGAAACAAAACAAACAAACAAACAAAAAAUUAACCACUUAAAACAACCUGUGUCUUUUUUUUUUAAUUAUCUUCUCUUUCCCCCCACCCCCCACCCCAGCUCUACUAACUCGUUUCAGAUCUGAAAUAACAGUAUGUAUUGCCCAGGAAAAAUUUUAAAAAAAGAAAGAAAGAAAGGAAAGAAAUAAAACAAAAACAAAAACAAAUGGAUUGUCCCAUUAAGUUUGGGGUGGGGAAGAGGGAGUGGGGUGGGGGGAUAGAGUGGUGGCUGUGGCAGGGGAAUCCAAAUAGUAUUUUUGUGGGGAAAAUAUCUAAUAUACUUUCUGCCAACUUUACAGAGUCCUGUAUUUCAAUCAGUAAUUAAAGUCAGACGACAACCCAGAUGUCUGAAAGUGCAGUACCUCUUUCUUUUGUACCCAAACUGCUGUAAAUGCACUCCACCCACUUUUUGAGCUUUCCUUCUUUUUUUCCUCUAACAGGGGUUUGGGAGUGAUAUUGUAAUUGAUUCUGCCCUCUGGGCCUGUGCCACACAGAUCAGAUCUUUAUGAAAACAGUAUUUCCUCUGGGUGUUCUUCUUUUUUUAAAAAAAAUUAAUUUACAGCCUUCUAUCAUUUUGUAUUUUUUAUGCAGUGGAUGAAUGACAACCUUCAGACAAAACUCACGUAGCUGUCCACAUUUUUUCCUCAACGCCAAUCCUCUGAUUCUUCUUCCUCUCCAAAUAUUUUUGGGAGUUAAAAAAAAGAGAGAAAUAUUUAAAGAAAGCAUUCUCAUCCUACUUAGCCUACCUAGAUUUCUCAUGACGAGUUUAAUGCAUGUCCGUGGUUGGGUGCACCUGUAGUUCUGUUUAUUGGUCAGUGAAAAUGAAAAAAAAAAAGUCUGCG